GGUAGCUGGGUAGGUAGCUGACAUAAGGUUUAUGGAUGGGCCAUAAAUACAGGCCCACAGCAGAACAUGCAGCAGAUCCGCUGUCAACUCCAGCCGCUUCGCUGAGAUACAAUGGAAAUUUCUAUCCAACAUCCCUGGUACCGCCGGCCCUGGUUCCCAGGCUACUUCCCUUAUCGAAUUUAUGACCAGUAUUUCGGAGAGCACCUACCCGACAGUGACCUUUUUUCACCUUUCUACAUGUUUUACUAUCGACCUUAUUUCUGGUGUUUUCCAAACUGGUGGGACAGUGGCAUGUCAGAGAUGAGAAUGGAUAGAGAUCGGUUUGUUAUCAACCUGGAUGUGAAGCACUUCUCUCCAGACGAACUGAUGGUCAAGAUCAAUGAUGAUUUUAUUGAGAUUUAUGGGAAACAUGACGAACGGCAGGAUGAGCAUGGUGCUGUGGCAAGGGAGUUUUACAGGAAGUACAAGAUCCCCGCUGGUGUAGAUCCAGGUGCCAUCACUGCUUCUCUGUCCUCUGAUGGUGUGCUGACCAUCUGCACACUACGCCACAUACUGGACAUCCCUGAACGCAACAUCUCCAUCACCUGUGGAGAGAAGCCACCAGCGCAGAAGUAAACAUGCUGACAGCUGCACCUCUGCCAAUCAUCUCCAAACAAAACCCACCACUGAGAGAAUCAUCUACUGUAUUAAGACCAUGUGCAUUCAUGAAACACAGUAGACCCAAAGUAAUAUAACCAGAAAUACACCUGUCCAUUGUGAACAAUACAAUAUCAUGCAAAACGCGCAGUAAGUCAGUGCUUUAGGUCAGUGAACGCAGGUUGUCAUUGGAGCUGGGUUUGGUUUGUUAUAUUUAUGGCCUACAUUUGGACGUUGCAUGUAAUUAU